GACCGCAUCAAAUCCCUAAACUAAGCUAAGAACAAUCAUGUGCCAAUCUGAGACCCGAACCGGAUUUGGCAAGAUGCCAAUCAAGUUCUGGGUAUAAUUCUUUAGUAGAGAAAUAUUAGAGGGGCUUUUUGUGCUUUUAUAAGGGGAGAAAAGCCAUAAGCUCCUACCUGGUCUAGGCUUCUUGAAAGGAAAGAAAAAAGCGAAAGAGAAAAAACAGAAAAAAAAAGAGGCUAUGGAGGAGAGAAGUGAAACAGAGAAGAUCAUGGAUGAACUGAUGCUUCCAGGGUUUAGGUUUCAUCCGACGGACGAGGAACUGGUUGGUUUUUAUCUGAAGAGGAAGGCUCAGCAGAGACCUCUCUCUAUCGAACUCAUCAAGCAACUUGAUAUAUACAAAUAUGAUCCAUGGGAUCUCCCAAAGUUGGCAACAACCGGCGAGAAAGAAUGGUACUUCUAUUGUCGAAGGGAUCGCAAGUACAGAAACAGUACCAGGCCGAACCGGGUAACCGGAGCCGGGUUUUGGAAAGCCACGGGUACCGACAGACCCAUCUACUCUUCUGAAGGUUCGAAGUGCAUCGGGUUGAAGAAGUCUCUGGUUUUCUACAAGGGCAGAGCUGCUAAAGGGAUCAAAACUGACUGGAUGAUGCACGAGUUCCGCUUACCUCCGCUCAACGAUGAGUUCUCAAUGCCACAGAAGAGAUAUGUGGAGAAAACCAUAUCUGAAAAUGACUCAUGGGCAAUUUGCAGGAUCUUCAAGAAAACCAAUUCUGCAGCACUACAAAGAGUCAUAUCUCAUUCUUGGGUAUCCCCAUUAGUCGAAACGGCCACAUCUCAAGAGACACUUUUCCAGGCCGAACACCCGAGUUAUCAAAAAAGAGAAACGCUUUCCCAAGGCCCUCACUGUAGUUUCACUUCAGAGGAUACGUCGGUGACAGUAAACUCUAGUAGCUCAGCCAUCCAAUUCAACUCUGAAAGUGAUCUUCAACAGUCCUGUCUAACUAGUUCCUCUCCUUCAUUUCUACUCACUCACCACACGGCUUCUAAACCAUCUCCUCAAUUCUCCAUUUCCAACGAAUCCCUUCCCGCAAGCUACCCGUUUUGGUCGAUCGACGGUAACUCAUCUAGCAUGUUGGGAGAUUUUUUUGGCAAAGCAUCCGAAAACAUAGACUUCAGUAGCUGCUUUCCUCUCGCUUUACCGGAAGAAAUGCAUGCUAUUGGCAUUCACGGAGAUCAAGAGACAGAGUUGAUGCUGAAGGAUUCAGACGGGCCAAAUUUCGAUGACCAGUGGGGAAUUACGAGAUCGACUAUUGGCAUUCCUUUUAGCUUUCCGAAUGCGGGACGGAAGCCAGAUUUGGUUUGGGAUUCUUCUCCUUGUCCUAGUGAUCAAAUGUCCACCAGUUAUUCUACUAACAAGUGCUACACUAGAAAUUUAUAAAUCAAGCUGGUAAAUUGUCUAGCAAGAACCAUUGUGGUUGUUUUGCUUCAUCGAGGCUUAGGUUUGUUUUUUGCUAGACGAUAGAAUGUUAGGGAUUAGUUGCUCCCGUUGUAACCAUCUAGGCUUAUUAGGUUUGUGUGUUAACAAAAAGUUUAACUGU